AUUAUAACCUGUCGUCCAUCACUGUGAGCUGUUGCUGCCCCAGCUGACCUGACACAGGCUUUACUUAUCGUCUUUUGGAAGAUGUAAUGAAGUAAUACAUAAUACCAGAGCGUCGCGUGCUUCCUGCUGCCUGCUCUCCGCGUGCUCAGCUGGUUGUCCAACAGCUGUUGGUUCAGAUGUCAGGACGCAAGUUUUCCAGUUUGCAGUCGAACCCCCACCGCUGUGUCCGGGGCCUUUUCACCGCUGCAACCCGCCAUUAAUCCGGAUUGAAAGUAAUAUUGUGCAGGCCUGCAGUAUGAAGGACUGGCGCUCACACAGCACCAGUAAGAGUCACGGUUACUGCUCCUCCCUGCACAAAAAGUCCGCGAGCCUGUGGCCUCACAUAUCCGCCUGUAGCCUUUUCUUCCCGGGAUUCAGUGUGCCCUUCCUCCCGACGUCGUUUCCUUUUGCCUGCGGGAUGAUGGACAGCAGGAUACUGGAUCCACCUCACGCCCAGUUCGGAGGCUCUCUCGGCGGGAUGGUGGGCUUCCCGUACCAUCUGAGCCACCAUCACGUUUACGAAUUAGCCGGGCAUCAACUUCAAUCUGCGUCCGCGGUUCCCUUCUCAAUAGACGGAUUACUUAAUGGUUCCUGCACGGCUUCAGUGGGUAAUUCCAGCCACCUCUUGUCUUCGGGCUGCGGGAUGAAUGGAGAUAAUCAGCAGUACAAACUGACAGACUCGGGGGACCCAGACAAAGAUAGCCCUGGUUGCAAGAGACGGAGAACUCGCACAAAUUUCACUGGUUGGCAGCUGGAGGAAUUAGAAAAGGCUUUUAAUGAGAGCCACUAUCCCGACGUGUUCAUGAGGGAGGCACUGGCUCUUCGAUUGGACUUGAUAGAAUCAAGGGUUCAGGUAUGGUUUCAGAAUCGCAGAGCCAAAUGGAGGAAAAAGGAGAACACAAAGAAAGGUCCGGGUCGACCUGCUCACAACGCCCACCCCACUACCUGCAGCGGGGAGCCCAUGGACCCCGAGGAGAUCCGCCGGAGAGAGCUGGACAGGAUGGAGAAGAAGAAACGAAAGCAGGAGCGACGGCUGCUCAAGUCCCAGAACAGGCUCGCUGCUGGGGAUUUAUUUCACACCCCGGGAUCAGACAGCGACAGCGGGGUGUCGCAUGUGACCGACAGUGACCACACAGGCCCGCCUUUUGACUCUGUGGAGGGAAAUCAAUCGAGCUGCGACCAAACACCUCACCCUCUCCAGACCCAAAACCAGAACCAAAGACACUUGGACCGGGAUGCUCGCGGACCCGAGCUGGACUCGCCCGACGCCAGCCACCGGUCAAGCCUGUGCUCCAACAACAACAGCUCCUCCAGCGUGCAGAAACUCAACCCUUUUAGCGUCGAAAGCCUCCUUUCGGACUCCAGACCGAGACGCAACCCCGCGGCCUUACCCCCCUCACGGCCUUUGAUAGGGAAAGGACACUUCCUGCUCUAUCCCAUCACACAGCCGCUUGGAUUCAUUGUUCCACAAACUGCUCUGAAGACAACAACAGUAGUCAACUCUGACAGCCACAGCCCGGCGGAGAGAAACCAGCCCAGUGUCCGCUGCAGCAGCGUCUCUGCGAGCUCUACGGGCUCUGCGGGCUCUGCGGGAUGUAGGAGCAGCACGCCGGACUGUGCAGACGCCACACAGAAGGGACAGGUGGGGUCACCACACACCAGCCCGUCCAGGGCCGCCUUUUCCACUGGCAAAAGUACUCAGACCUCUGUUAUUUGCAGCGAUUCGACUUUCGCCCACGAACACAUUCCACAACUCAUUAAGUCUGUCGAUGCAGACAGAAAAGAGCAUUUAGAGAUCAAGGACCACCCUGACAACCCCGAGUGUGUCCUCAGUGACAGUCCAGCAGAAACAAAGACAGACUCUAAAGAAGAUGUCGACAUGGAAUAAAUCAUUGGGGUAAAAAAAAAACUGAAUCAUACUGAUAUAACGACACCUUCCAUUAGGCCAAAGCUUAACCAGAAACUACAUCUUUGCAUCUAAUCUCUAGGUUUUCCCCACUUUGCCGAUAUUUUGACAAUGGUGUGCUCUCUCUUUCUCUUCCUCUCUCUAUCAUUCUCUCUCUCUGCGAGUGUGUAUGUGUGUGUGAGUCAGGAGUCUCUAGAUAUCCUUUUAAUGUGUGAUAACUUGUCAAAAGAAAAACACAAGACCACGAGACCAACAGAAAUCCUCAAGAGCUGUAAAAAGGUAUUAUACUAUUUAUAUAUGUAAGGUUUUUCUUAAAUAAAUCUAUUGUAUACAAGCA